AUGUCAGAUAGAAAGAAGGUUUUGUUAAAGGUUAUUAUUCUCGGUGACAGCGGUGUUGGAAAGACUUCUUUGAUGAACCAGUAUGUGAACAAGAAAUUCAGUAGUCAGUACAAAGCCACUAUUGGAGCUGAUUUCCUAACCAAAGAGGUUCUGGUCGAUGACAAAUUGGUGACAAUGCAGAUUUGGGAUACAGCUGGACAAGAGAGAUUUCAAUCCUUAGGUGUUGCAUUUUACCGUGGCGCUGAUUGCUGUGUACUGGUCUAUGAUGUGAACAAUAACAAGAGCUAUGAAUCCUUAGGUCAAUGGCACGACGAGUUUCUUGUACAGGCAUCUCCCCGUGAUCCCGAAAACUUUCCUUUUGUUGUGUUGGGAAACAAGGUGGAUAUGGACGAGUCCAAGAGAAUGGUAUCCCAGAAGAGAGCAAUGGCUUUCUGCCAAGCAAAGGGAAAUAUUCCUUAUUUUGAGACAUCUGCAAAGGAAGCUAUCAACGUCGAACAGGCUUUUCAGACAAUUGCCAAGAACGCACUCCAGCAAGAAACAGAAGUAGAGCUUUAUAAUGAUUUUAGUGAUUCCAUUCGUAUCGAUCAAGAUAGCGACAAGGACUACAGUGGUUGUGCUUGUUAAAGUACCCCAUAAAAUAAUAACAGUAAUAGUAAUCCCAGAAUUCUAAAGAAACCCACAUACACAACAAAGAAAAUAAUAAGAACAUUUAGUAAGAAUAAUUAUAAUCAUCAUAAAUAAAACAAAAACAAUGAAUAAUG